AUGUUUCAAAAAUUUAUCAAAAUUCAAAAAGAAUUAUUACCACAAUUUUUAAAGGAAACAAAGACUAGAUUUAUGGAUCUUAAAAAAAUAGCUAUAAUUAGUAGUUCACCUCCUAUGGAUGAUACUAUUGACAAUUAUAAAAAAACAGAUCUUAGAAAACUAUUGAAUUUUUAUACUCUAACUAUUAAUGAAAGAAAGAUUAAUAAGAUUGUUUGGAACUAUAGUGAAUAUUAUUUUGCUAUUGGUAGAAGUGAUGUAAG